AAAAAUGAGAUUUACAUGACCCGUUUGGUUUUGUUUCUUCCGCCUCUAUUUGCCUGUAAUAUCCUAUUGCGUAAGGACUGUAGCUAGCCACUUUAAGAAACUGGUAUAUCAGAGUACGACUAUCCAGGGACGGGGACACCCCCAAGGCUGAGGAAUCUACCCCUCACAUUCCAAAAUAUUUCCGCAUUGUAGUUCGGUUAGACAUCAUUCAGUCGCUAAUGCAUGACGCUUUUAACUUGACGCCACUUUUAAAAAGGAUCUGCUAUGUGCAUACCGGUGCCGAGAUGCGAAGGUCAGCCCACGUUGUGGAAACGUGCCUGCUGCUGGUGGUGGGAACCCUCUGCAUGGUCCUGCUCUUCCAGAGAGGUGACUCCGGGAGAGACCUGCACAUCAGGAGGCAGGACAGCCCGAUCGCCGUAAGGGAGCCUCCGGUAACCAAGGGCCAAGGCCAGCUGCAGUGGAAGACGGUGGCCAAGUGUAAGGAGAACACCUCGAUGGCCAACAUCUCGGGCUUCUCCUCUCUCCCGCCGCACAUCAAGGACUUCCUGCGGUACCGUCACUGCCGGGAUUUCCCCGUUCUGCUGGACGUGCCGGAGAAGUGCGGCAAGACGCCCCAGGACUCGUCCGACGUCUUCCUGCUGCUGAUGAUCAAGAGCUCGCCGGCGAACUACGAUCGCCGGGAGGUCAUCCGCAAGACGUGGGGCAGGGAGCGGCGGGAGAACGGCGUGUGGGUGCGCCGCGUCUUCGUCUCGGGGACGGCGGGCCAGGGCAGGGAGAGGCGCAAGCUGAACCGCCUGCUGCAGCUGGAGAACCAGGAGUACCAGGACGUCCUGCAGUGGGACUUCCACGACUCCUUCUACAACCUCACCCUCAAGCAGAUCCUCUUCCUGCAGUGGAUGCAGGAGCGGUGUCCCCAGGUCCAUUUCCUUCUCAACGGGGACGAUGAUAUCUUUGCCAACACCGGCAACAUGGUCCAGUUUCUGCAAGGCUCAGGGAGCAGCGCAGGGGACAAGCAUCUCUUUGUGGGCCACCUCAUCCGGUAUGUGGGUCCCAUCAGGGAACCUGGAAGCAAGUACUAUGUCCCUGUUCAGGUCCAGGAAUCAGACUCGUAUCCCCCAUACUGUGGUGGAGGGGGAUUCCUUCUUUCAGGUUAUACAGCCAGGACUAUAUACAACAUGUCCCACUCCAUUACUUUUCUGCCCAUCGAUGAUGUCUACAUGGGUAUGUGCCUACAAAAGGCUGGACUAGAACCCAUCUCUCACAUUGGAGUGAGAACUGCGGGCUUGCACAUCCCUUCCCAAAAUGUGGAUCCUUAUGAUCCCUGUUUUUACCGGGAGAUUCUCUUAGUGCAUCGGUUCUUGCCUUUUGAAAUUCUCGUCAUGUGGCAGGGGAUUAAUGAGCCUGGUUUAAAAUGUGGCAUUUCGGCAACAGUCAACUCCAUGCUGUGACGGUGCUUACGACACCAUUGAAAGGAGCUUCUUCAAGCCAGAUCGAAGUUAGAUGAAAGAUCCGGCUUUUUUGAUCCUCAUAGCCCUGAGCCAAAAAAAAGUGGAGGAAAUUCUCAAUGACGGACAGAUAAGCUGAAAUCUGAGACAUUGCACAUUUGCUCCUUUCAGAGAUGUGAAGCUGAUGCAGGAGCAGGGGAGUGGGUUUACCUAGUGAACUGAAAAUUCUAGCCUUUUGAUUCCUAAUUAACCAUUGUUUGUUGGGAGAUUGAAAGGGACUACUUUGUCUAAAUCACUUUAAAUGAAAGCAAUAAGACAAAGAUGAUGCAUCAUUUACGGUGUUCUGUUUAGACCCUUUACUCGUGGUUUUCAAGUCUGGGUUUGUGUUUCUUGUACUUCUUUGGUACAUAAACUGUAUUUUGGAAACUCACUAUUUAUGGAGUGUGUUUCCAAAGUUCUGGCAUCAAUAAACUCUUUGAUGCAAGCCUGUUCUUCAUUGUCUGCAAAUUGCUGUGGUUAGAUGUUAUCCAGACUUUCAGCUAUCAAGAUGAUAAGUCAUUUCAUGUUACCUUGAACAAAAUGCUAUAAAAAAUGUUUGAUCAUAAAGGUUUACACAAGCUUUGCAAUUAUCAUGUAACCAAGUCAAUAUUUCACCUCCUAGAAUUGUUAAAUCUAAGCUCUUUCUUGUUUUGUGUGUAUUUUGUCAGUAGCCCAGUUGUUUUAAUUUUCUUUUUUUUUAUAAAAAAUAAAAUUGAGUUCUGAUCUUUCUCUCAGCUGCUAAGUAGGAAAGUGUGUUCCACACUAAGAUUUAAUUCUAUUAUAAUUGCCCACGUAGCAUUACAAUGGACAGUCAUAACUUCUAGAGGAUUGAAUUUUCCCAAAAGCAAAGCAGAAAAUGUAUUGCUUUAAGGAGGUGGGUAUUUCUGGGGGGAAUAUUCGUAUGUGUGUGGGCUGAUCUGAGGAGCAUGUCUGCUCUGUACCUUUCACUUUCUUCCAUGUGGAGAAGACACAACCCAGCGUGCUCAGCCUUGUCACUUGAUAUCAUUUUGAAUGGAUUUGGGCUGAUCGGUGUUUUUAACAGAGAAACAAACGUCUGCUAAUUACCAACAAGACCUGAGUCUGCUUUCCACUGGAGCCACUGGAGCGUUUUGCCUUAACUACAGUAUUUACAAUUACAAUGAAUUAAUCAUUAAUUGAGCUAUAAGCUGAACAUCCUGUAUGCAGAGGACAAUGAAUACGGUUUCAUACACUGGGAGGUGGUGAAAGUGCACUAGCUCCUAAUUGCUUUUUUAAGAGGUGUACUGAUUGCUGUGAAUAAGAAGAAACAAAAGCAGCUGAGUUCGUGUUGCAGGAAAACGUUGCGAUUUCAAAUUCGGUGGGUAAGAAAUGAAAAAUACCGAAAACUGAGAAAAUAAUUGUAUAGGAUUAAAAAAUCUCAGCAAAGUCCCCUUUUUCUGUUGUAGUUUUUGUAGCUAUUUUGGUUAAAAGAUAUUAAAGGAGUGAGUCGUGGGGGGAGGGGGGUCAGUUUAUCUGAUCUGUCUCCGAUCAAAAGCCUUGUGCUGGGCACAAAUUUCCAAAUGAUUAAUUCUUCUUCUCCGCGCCCCUUACAAGUCACGAUUUCUGGAAAUAGGUUCAAUUGUAGGUAAGAAAUUGCAAAAGCAAGGCAGGCUACAGAGAGGAGAGGAGCUCAGUUCAGUCACCCGGCUCUGAAGUGCUGCUGCAGAAAACAGCAGGGGGUGAAUUGACAACUCGCUCCCCCAAAUGAAUUGCACCUCUGUGUGGUUUCCGGCACAGUCCUCGGGCUCCUGUUUUUCAAACAGAACACAAUGUACUGUGUGCCCCGUGGUCACUGUGCAUGUUCCUGGCAUGGCAAGAGAGGUUAGUGUUGGUGCUAAAGAGGAACUGUUUAAGUGUAAAGCAAAAAAAGUUCGAAAAGAAUUGUGCACGUCUUUUUUUUUGUAGU